CCGGCCGCCGCGGAGCAGGCAGCAGCCGAGUCAAGGCCGUCCGGGGGCGCCCCGGCGAUGCCUGCAGCCCCCGCCGCGCCCCGAAGGGCCUGCUGAGCCGCCCCCGGGCCAGGGUAGCGCCGGGCCGGGCCGCGCCCGGGCGUGGCGGCGCUGCCUGCAUGACCCUCCGGCGGCGCGGCGAGAAGGCGACCAUCAGCAUUCAGGAGCAUAUGGCCAUCGACGUGUGCCCCGGCCCCAUCCGACCCAUCAAGCAGAUUUCCGACUACUUCCCCCGCUUCCCGCGGGGCCUGCCCCCAGCCACCGGGCCCCGCGCGGAGGCGCCCCCGGACGCCCCCGCACGUCCGGCGGCGGCUAGCGCGGGCCGCCCCAGCCCCUCAGACGGUGCCCGCGACGACGACGAGGAUGUGGACCAGCUCUUUGGAGCCUAUGGAACUAGCCCGGGCCCCAGCCCAGGUCCCAGUCCUGCGCGGCCACCAGCCAAACCGCCGGAGGAUGAGCUGGACGCCGACGGCUACGAGUCGGACGACUGCACUGCGCUGGGCACACUAGACUUCAGCCUGCUCUACGACCAGGAGAACAACGCCCUCCACUGCACCAUCAGCAAGGCCAAGGGCCUGAAACCCAUGGAUCACAAUGGGCUGGCGGACCCCUACGUCAAGCUGCACCUGCUGCCAGGAGCCAGUAAGGCAAAUAAGCUCAGAACAAAAACUCUGCGUAACACUCUGAACCCCACGUGGAACGAGACCCUCACUUACUAUGGGAUCACAGACGAGGACAUGAUCCGCAAGACCCUGCGAAUCUCUGUGUGUGACGAGGACAAGUUCCGCCACAACGAAUUCAUUGGGGAGACGCGAGUGCCCCUAAAGAAGCUGAAACCCAACCACACCAAGACGUUCAGCAUCUGCCUGGAGAAGCAGCUGCCGGUGGACAAGACGGAAGACAAGUCCCUGGAGGAGCGAGGCCGCAUCCUCAUCUCCCUUAAGUACAGCUCGCAGAAGCAGGGCCUGCUGGUGGGCAUCGUGCGGUGUGCACACCUGGCCGCCAUGGAUGCCAACGGCUACUCAGACCCCUAUGUGAAAACAUACCUGAAGCCAGAUGUGGACAAGAAGUCCAAACAUAAGACAGCAGUGAAGAAGAAAACCCUGAACCCAGAGUUCAACGAGGAGUUCUGCUACGAGAUUAAGCAUGGGGACCUGGCCAAAAAGACUCUGGAGGUCACCGUUUGGGAUUACGACAUUGGAAAAUCCAACGAUUUCAUUGGUGGUGUGGUUCUAGGCAUCAAUGCCAAGGGUGAGCGCCUGAAGCACUGGUUUGACUGCCUGAAGAACAAGGACAAGCGGAUCGAGCGCUGGCACACGCUCACCAACGAACUCCCAGGGGCUGUGCUCAGCGACUGACUGCCCCUCCUGCUGCCAUCCGCCCCUGCCACCCGGGCCCCACACAGGCCUGGCCCUGGGCUUCCUCACAUGCCACCAGGGGCUGUGGCUCCCACACUGGGCAAGAUCCAGGACGCCUGCUUGGACACACAGCCACUGCAGCCCUCACUUGGAGGACACAGAGGGAGCACCCAGCCACUCCAAGGGGCAGGAAGGACAGACCCUGGAGACGAGGGAGGACUGGGCCAGUUUUCAGCCCCCUGGGGCUCUGGAGGGCCAGCAAUGGGAGAAGACCUGGGUCUCAGCACCUGCUAGGGGAAGGGGACAGGGCCAUCCAGGGGAAAGGGUCCUUCAGAGGCCAGCAGUAAGGCACAGGUUGAGUGCAGAAGUGAGGGGCACUCUAAGUAGAGCCAAAGAGAGCAGAGGAGGGAGGUUUCGACUGCACCCAUUUCUCUCCAGCAUUAAGGGGCAGGUGGGGGUAGUCCGUGAGCAGAGCCUGGUAAAGUUCCCAGAGACUCCAGUGAACCCAGGCAAAUUGGCAGGUGCUUCACUCACUGGUCUAUAAGCCCAUGGUGGCGAGUGAGACGUGGGCCUGUCUUCCAGGAGCUCCCCAUCUAGUUAGGGAGCUGGACACAAACCAUCACAACAGAGGGGUAAGGAUGCCAGAACCAGCCCAGCCUGUGUGCAAGUGCUGCAGACACUGCUGGCGGCUGGGAGGGAGGGCAGGGCAGGCUUCCUGGAGGAGGCGGUGUCUCCGUAAGGCCUUCAAGGGUGAGUGGGUGUUUGGAGGCAAAAAUGAAGGGCAGUCCAGGCAGGAGGAGUGAUUUGCAAAGGCUGGGAGAGGAGUGAAAGGCGAUGGGACCAGGCAGCUGUGUGGCCCUGGGGUUUGCUAGGUUUGGCAGGUGUUGGGCUUGUGGCAGGUGGGAAGUGGCAGAAGCACCAUGAUGUUGGCUCAGAGUCAUGCUCAGCUCUCAGACCCAGCUCUCCCACUGUGACCUCUCCUCCUGAGGGACCUCAAAGAUGGACCAUGCCCCUGGUUCUUCCCAGCACGUGUCCAGUUAGUGGCAGAGGAGAAAAGAGCCCCUCACACAUGAAAAGAAGCAACGUUCCUCCUGUCCUCCUCCUCUUCCCUGUUCCCUCCCUGCUGGAUUGAAGCUGGGUAUUGUGGUUGCUCAGUAGCUGAGAGACCCUGCCUGUCUUUCUCUCCAGGAAUGGGGGUUAAGAGCUUCUCAAUCUUGGAGCCCAGGGUUGGGCCUGAAGCCCCCAAACAUCAAAGGGUCCUUCAGGAAUGCUGGAUUCAUAAAUGCAAAGCCAAGGAGUUUCAAAAUCACAGCAAAACCCCACUGUGUUCAACCCAUUGGUGCAUGACAAGUUAUGAAGGCCCAGAGAGGGAAGGUAACCUACCUAAGGACUUGCAGCCCUAGCAAAUCUGGAACCAGGACUCAUGGCCCCUGCCCCACUCCAACCCAGAACUCUGGACACCACAUUUCAGGGGAAGUAAGGAGCUAAGCACACACGUAGGAGGUCCCGCCAGCUGCCAUCCCAGGGCCUGCCCCGCCUGCUGCCCACCCACACAGCUGCCAGGGUUCAUAGGCAUGAGGGCUGAACCUUGUGCUGCAGGCACAAAGCACAUCACCAUCCAGGGUACAGGGGGAUGCUUCAAGUCCCACGUGCCCCUCAGUCCUUUGCCAGUCAGCAGAGAAGACAGGACUCCAGCCCCCUUCCCCCCACAGUAUCUGGCCACCCUUGUUGCUCAUGGAGACUUGGUUUCCCCAUCUGAGGGUUUUGCCUUGUGUUAUGGGAUGAGCAAACACUGUCUUAAUGAAUUUUCACAACCCUAUGAAAUGGUUGGAGUGGUCACCACCAUUUUACAAAAUGAAACAGAUUGAGAGAAGCUGAGUAGUUUGCCAAGGCCACAUAGCUGGGAGGAGUUACACCAGGAUUCAAACAGACUCUUUGAUUGGAGGUUGGGACUCCCCAGGUCCUUCUCUCCUGGGAUGUUGGGGAUUCGGUGAAAUCUGGUGCAGAACAGAGAUGUGGGGCCUUGUCACUGUCCUGCCAUCUUGCCCUCUUGUUGGCAUUGAAACCAUCUGUGCCACUUAGGGCUUUCCCAGAAGCCCACGCCCACACCCUGGAAUUGACCUGCCCUCUAGGCCUCCGAGUUUGAUCAAGGGGACAAAGGCAAGGGCUCCUCUUUUCUUUACACAACCAGAAAGGAGAAUCUGUGGGGCCUAAGGUAAGAAGUGGCCUACUUUUGAGGUACCCAGUGUUGGGUGAGCCGAGUAUCUUCUCAUCUUGGAAACUCAGUAACCGGUGAAAUGAUGGAAGAGCUAGAAGGAACUUUGAGUUCCACCUAGUAUGACGUCCUUAUUAGACACAUGGGAAGAUAGGCCACCAAGAGGAAGGAGCCCCACUGGAACAAGAAACAAGGAUUCCUGGCACCCAGGUCAGGGCCCACCACUGCCACAGACAGUGCAGAAAUGGGCCUGUUGGUCCCUGUUGACCACAGGAAGAGACAGGCUAAGAAGCGGGACUUCAGGCCAAAUAGCUCAGGUGCAAGGCGGGGCGCGAGGUAGGAGGCCUCUAGGAAAUGACAACCUUCUUCAGGAUCCUGGCGCUAUUCUAGAGCCCAGGCACAUUAUAUUUCUGUUAAAGAAAAGGCGCUUUGAGAAGCUAUAGAAUUGGUUCUGCUUUUGACCCCGAACAGGCAUCUUUUCUCUAAUUCAUCAGCCCUACAAAGACAAGAAAUCUAAUGCCAAAAAAAAAAAAAAAAUCAUCCCAAAGUCAGGUGUCAGUAGCCA